UCGUGUCCGAAAAAUACUAUAAAAGGAAAGUGCGAUUCAAACGGAAGCGUUAUUCGACCCGAGAUACUUUUUGAAUCGUUCAUGUUCCCUUCGCAACUCCAACGACGUUGACUGAAGAAAUUCAGCCCAUAAUACUUUAUCGAAACACCGCGAUGUGCGCCACGAAAUUACCGAGGAUAAUGGAUCUGGACACGGCGUACAUCGAACCCUUGAUCAAAGAAUGGCUGCAACACGUGCACGAGGACAAUGCAAGGCAGGAGCAAAUUUUUGCGGAAGGAAGCGAAUUUUUCAUCCCGUUCAUAGCUGUUCCUGUACCGGUGAUAAAAGCAAUAUUUGUAAUAACCGACCACCUUGGUCUGGGACCUAACACCAGAUACUUGACAGUUCAUCUCUUCGAUAGAUUCAUGUCAAACCAGUUUUGCGAGUUGUACGUCGCCGAAAUGGUAUCAAAUCCGGGUGAGGUCGCUUGGCCACAGAUAUGCAAAAUUAUUUCCAGUGAAGCAAAAUUGAGGCUUAUGUCUUGCAUGCAACUGGCAAGCAAGAUGGAUUCGCAUACCAAAGGUCUAAGCAUUUCACAGGUAGUGCGUGGGCUGCAAUGGUUAGACGACAAGUCUGAGUACACUACAAAUAGCAUAUAUUGUUCAGAAUUCCGUGUAUACAAAGCUCUAGACUUUAAAAUACCAUUAUUCACACCGUUACACUGUGUUGAAAUACUUCUUGCUGCGACGAAGCUCGGACAGAUGCCUAAAAUAUAUGAUGCAUGUGUUAAUUUGCUGGAUUUAGCAUAUUUGGAGCAUGAAAGGCUAUAUUCAUGCCUUGUAUUUUUGAUGAAGCAAAGGUUUCCAGAGUUUCAAAUUGACCCAGGGUACAUCAUGGCCCUUGAAAGCAAUGUUCUUUAUUUAGCAGCUGGGGUGGUUCUUUGUGCCACGUUUAUUCUCGCUGUAGAACACUGUGAGACUGAACGUUUAGUUCAGAUGCUCUCCAAUCAAGUUGGGAUAAGAGUCACUAAUAUUUGGGAAAUGGCCAAGUUACUCUUCACCAUAGCGUUGCAGGAAGAUACUCCGGAACAAUAAAUAAUGUAUAAUUCCAGUCAUCUGGUAUCACAUAAUGAUUCAUAUCUGUAGCUAAGAAGAAUCAUAUUUUUUUUAAUGCAUAUAGUACUUUGUUUUCACAAAUUUCACACCGCUACAGCUAUUCUCUACAAGUUGUCCAUUUGGUUUUGUGUUGUUCAUUAAAGUGAAAUAAACUUCUCACAAUCAGUGAAGAGGAAAAAAAAAAUUAUUUAGUUCGACACAAGAUUGUUUUACAGUUUUUCUAUGAGUACAUUUUAAUUUAUCACGGUUUACUGGAUUAACUGGAGACAAUCUUAAAAUUACAAGCUAAUGGUUUUUCCGAAAAACAUUUUUUGGGUCUUAUUAUAUCAUACAUAUCAUUUGCUUAUUUUUUAAAUUGAACAAUUCACGACAGAUUGAAAAACGUUGAAGACGCUAUAACAAAUGUCAAAUAAUUCGUAAUGGACCCGCGCAUGAUCACGGACUAUGCUCAAACUUCUGCAGGUGUUGACAGUAACCUUAAGGCGACACUCCGCUCGUCGGGGAAUUUUGAACCGUCGGUAAUCGCAGAUUUACAGUUUUUCGAAAACAUUGUAAAUGAAAAUAGCGUAUCGUCAGUAAAUGAUAUUUCCGCGCCUCUGGUAAGAUACUAACAAGUCAAGUUUGGCAUUUCCACGUGAAUCACUGCAGUCCACGAAGGGUAAGAAUAUAAAUGCACAAAGAAUUAUACGAACGGUGCGCUUUGGUGAAGAGUACAAGUAGCCAUCUUUGCGCAGGAAACAAUACAACAGAGACACUUUGUUGAAAUCAAGUUUUUGUCGUUUUCAUUCAACAUUCGUCAAUUCAACACUGCAUAAACCACACAACAGUAGUAGGACAAUUGAUUCAACGUCCGAGUUUAGAAGUAAUUUGAAAAACUGCAAUGAGGAUAAUUUCAAUCGGUAAAGAAGAGGCGUGGUAUCGGCUUAAUGAAUAUCAGAGUGGGUUUAUUUCCGAUGCAUAUUGUCUGUAAUCCUUGGUUCGGCAUAUAUACGCGACAAAUAAACUUUCAUGACGCACGUUGCGUAGGCAAAUACGAAGCAACGUCGUAUGCACUAUGAAUGCAUCGAUAUACUUGUACGUGCAUUUGAAGGAUUCACACGUAUGCGCAUGAGUACAAGUCUGUAUGGGUGUGCAGAAUUCGUACGUAAAAGUGGCCGAGUGUAGUGCAUGGAUCGUAGGAGCUGGACGGCUUGUUGUGCGGGGAAACGAGACGACAAAAGAAUUGACGAUUUUGCCGGUAGAGGUCGGCUCCUCGAACGAAUACCAUGCAUUCCAGUUGCGUACAAGUGGUGGGGUCCCCGACUUACUUCUCGUGUCAAACAGCUUGUGCUGUGUGUGUCUGUCCGCAUACCAUUCGAUUUUAAUAAUUCUCAAUGAAAAAAUAAUACAAGCAAGUCUCCGGGGGCAAGUUUUCACGACACAUCAGUCGGUUGUCACUAUUGCCAAGUGUGAGGUGCACGGGAACUGCGAUUAAGGUGUAUCGAACAGGCGCAACGAUAAACGUGUGCGUUAUAAUAUUACACGCAAAGAAGAGAGAAAAAGCUUUUUGCGUGUCAACCGGAACUGCAGGCGUGCAGCAGUUUGUCCGUGUAUACGGAAGGAAGGAAACGGAUUUUGUAAACCAAAGGAUUUACGUAUAGACGUAUAGACGUAUAAUAUAAGGAAAGAGGAAAGAUUGCAACCCUAUAAAAAAAAAAACAAAGAAAAAAAAAACUACUUCCCAGGAAAAAAACAUGUCCGCUGUCGAGAGUGCUCUCGACGUCUUAUCCA